UAAAGCAUUACCAGGGAACGAGAAUACAGAGUACAAUGAGAACACCAAAUAAAAAUGGUUACAAUCAAAUACAAUUAUUACACAAAACAAAAUAUUUAGCGAUACAGAAAUGAUUGAGGGUUAUAAGACAAUAAUAUAGCAAACAUGAAGAUAACUAAAAUAAAAUAUGAAAAAACAGAAUAAUUAAACUAAAAUAGGAAUAAAUAAAAUAUACAAAUAUAGAAAUAUUUACAAAGUAAAGAGGCCCUACAGGGCUGCGCGAGUUAACAUUAUAUAGCGACAGAUGCAUCACGUGUAGAAGGAACAAGUGGCUGUGAGAAAGUCCAUGAUGUUAAUGAAAAAUGGUGGCUUCGUUGAUGGAAAUGACGCUUUUUGCGAGUUGCUUGAAGGCAUAGUAGAUGUCUUUGUUGUGUCAGAUGUCUGAGAGACUACAAGGCCAGCCAACACCAGAAUCCUUAAGCAGUUCAAGCUCUAAACGUUCACGUUCGAAAGCAAUACAGAUAAACAGGUAGCGCUCGGAACCGUCAUCGAUAUUGCAGGCAGGGCAAAGCCCAUUGUCCCUCUGAGCAAAGCAUGCCAGAUAGCUGGCGAACUAGCCGUGGUUUGUGAGCGUUUGGGAAAUAUAGUAAUUAGGAUAAUACCAGUCCUUACAGAAAAAAUCGUGCAGGUUGGGUAUAUACCUGUAUGUGAUAUGGUGGUUAUGAUUGUUCCAGGCAGAUUGCCAGAUGGAGAGGGACUCCUUCCAAAGAAUGUGCCGUAGAGUCCUCUGGCUAAUCUUGGCAUAUGCAAUGGGUUUCGCAGCGUCCAUAUUAGCUUGUUUGGCUAAGCUGUUGGUCCUCUCGUUGCCCACCACACUCCCCUUGAUGUGAGUUCCUGUCCGUGGUGAGGGGACUCCCAGAGAUGGUUUAGUAACUUCUCUUUACCAUCCCUGGGAUCUGAACGCCCACCCAUGUGUUUGCUGUGCGUGGUCCCGUAUGCCGGAAAGGGGGAUCCUGGUAGUUGAGGGGCAACUUAACGUCCCCAACACACUGCUUUGGCCCCUGCUUUGAAUAAACGGGAGGCCCAAAUCAGGCUCCGUUUGAGUCAGUUGGCUGGUCGUUGAGUCAUUUGACCUCGGCCUGGAGUCAACUGAUUGAUGCAGACCGGGCGGACAUGUCAGACAAGAUGUGCUCUUCUCAACUGUAUUGUGAUGGUAUAGCUCCUGGGAAACCCUGGUGUGACAGUCUAUGGGAGUCCCCUAUGUGACGGCAUCCCCUUGUUGGGCCCCAUGGUGGGUGGGGUCACUAGGAGCCGAAUAAUUAAAUAUUAAUCAUGGACCCAAAAAAUUCAAAACAUUUUGAGAAAGCGACAAUAUCGACGACAAAAGAAAAGACCUCCAGCCAACCUGCUUACUUAAUAGUGCACGCAACUGGAGAAAAACCUUUUGCUAAGUGUUCUCCUUUUUUGAUUCAAAAGCUUUUUGAAUCAACCAUUGGGCAUUUAAAAAAAAUCCAAAAAUUGAGGUCAGGGGACCUACUAGUGCAAACAGCCUCUCCUCAACAAACAACAAAGCUUUCAACUAUGAAAACUCUUGGAGACAUGGGAAUAUUAGUCACACCACACAGAAGUUUGAACUCAUCACGUGGUGUGAUAUCUGAGUUUGAUUUGAUGUCUGAAGACGAAUCAGACAUUCAGAUUGGCCUGUUGGACCAAGGUGUCACUUCUGUCCGACGCAUUUUGAUUCGUCGAGACGGUAAGUCGAUACCCACAAAACAUCUAAUUCUCACGUUCGACAAUCCAACAUUGCCAUCCUUUGUUACGGCAGGAUAUCUGCGCUGCCCUGUCCAUCCAUACGUUCCAAAUUCGCUGCAUUGCUUCAAAUGCCAGCGAUUUGGACAUUCUCAGACUUCCUGCCGAGGCAAAAGCUUAUGUGCACAGUGUGGUACUGAAGGUCACAACAGUACUGAAUGUAAAAGUACACCACACUGUGUGAACUGUAAAGAUGCCCAUCCUGCCUAUUCCAGGAAAUGCCCUGCAUGGCAAAGAGAAAAGGAGAUUCAACGGGUGAAAACUGUAAAAAAUGUAUCAUACCCAGAGGCCUGUCGCAUGGUCACUCCAAGUGCACCAUUGUAGCAGAAGACAUUUGCUAGUGUGUUGAAAUCCACUAAGACAUGUGGGAUUCAAACAGAUAUUUCUGUAUCCCUAAGUGAAUCUCUUACUCGCCAUGCAAAAUGCUUAUUGAUCCCAUCUGCACAAUCAGAAGAAAAGGAGAACACAAAGACUAAAACCUCUGUAACUAAAACGGGAGUAACAACCAGAAAUGUGGGUUAUAAAAAAGCCAGUAAGAACCCACUUAACAAACAAAGAGUGAAAGCAGCCCUCUCUAAAGUCUCAAAAAAAUCAGAAGCACAAUCUAUGAGCGAGUUUUCUGACAUAUCUGAUGAAGAGCCUUACAUGGAGGUUUCAAAACCAAAGUCACUUCCAAAAGAAAAACCGCCUGUUAAAUUAAAGAGGGAUACCCACGCAAAGAAUGCUGCCUCAAACACAUAAUGGGUUAUAAAAUAAUUUAAUGGAACUAUCGUGGUUUCUGCAACAACUUCUCUGACAUUAAACACUUGACAUCAUCUACCUCAUCUCUCUGUGUGGCACUCCAGGAAACCCAUCUAAAACCUGGAGAAAAUAUUUCUCUCAAAGGUUUCAAUCUUUACCGCAAGGAUGAUGAUAGCCACAACCGAGCCAGUGGCGGUGUGGCUAUUUUGGUUUCCAAUCGAAUCCCAUCUUUGCUGGUACAAAUAACCACUGAUUUACAAGCUGUGGCAGUCAGAAUUUCUAUUGGAGUAACUGUCACAGUUUGCUGUAUAUACUUGCCACCAGAUGUCAGAGUCAAGGAAGAUGAAUUGGAUGCCUUAGUUGAACAGCUGUCAACACCAUUCCUUCUACUGGGUGAUUUCAAUGGCCACAAUCCUAUGUGGGGUAGUCCCGACAUUAAUUGUCGAGGCAGAGCCAUUGAAUGACUCAUAGGCAAUCAGCAAAUGUAUUUAUUUAAUACUGGAGAUGUGACAUACUUCCAUGCCCCAACAAGAACUUUCACUGCCAUUGAUCUCUCAUUAGCCACUCCGAACCUACUUUCAGCAUUUACAUGGGAGGUUGGAUCAAAUCCACUUUCCAGUGACCACUUCCCAAUUUUUCUAAAAUGUCGAGGCAGAGAUAGCUGUGAAACAGCCCGUCCACCACGCUGGAAAUUGGAAACAGCCAAUUGACUUGUUUUUUCCUCUAUGGCCAACAUCACGGAGGAUAUGGUGAA